CCUUCUUGACACAGCAUCGCCCCCUACAGCCUACUUCUCGGGAGUCUGGCGCAAAACUUGUGCAUCCCGAGCGACAAUACGGAAGCCGGCAUGGGCUGGAUAGUGUGGUGGGUCGGGGGCAGCCAAGGCGUGUAACCGUGGCAGUCUACGCGAGCUGCUGAUGUGCAUCCAACACAAUACAUCCAAAUUGUAAGUACAACAUGGAGCCCCCUCCGCUAUUCGCUCGGCGCCCAGUGUCUUCUCCUCACCCUCUCCCUCACCCCUCCGUCUCCUUCUCUCCUCUCGCCCCCAUGUCUCGCCAUGUUGCACACCAGAAGAGUCUCUUCGACCAUGUCGCACCCCAAGAGAAUCUCUUCGCAGUCGUGGAAGGAACUGGGGAUUAGCACUCGCCCACUCGCCCCCGCCUAUCGCCGCCGCUUCCAACAGCGGCCUCUCUACUUCCUCCUCGGAAUCGCCUUGGUUCUCUACCUUUUGUACACGCAAAGAAGCAGCAAUCGAAUAUCCUCCGAGGAUGGCAGGAGCAGGACAUGGGUACAAUACGAGGCGGCACUGGGCCUGGGUUCCUCGCAAAAGACUCUCCCCUGUCGCAGCCUCCCAGGCGCAGAAGAUGUGCUGGUCGUGCUCAAAACCGGCUCCACGGAGCUGGAGGAUAAACUGCCGGUACACCUCACCACCACCCUACGCUGCUACCCCAACUACAUGAUCUUCUCCGACUACGAAGAAGACUUCCGCGGAGAGCACAUCUACGACGCCCUCGAGUUUGUUGACCCCAAGAUUCAAGAGACACAUGAGGACUUCGAGCUCUGGCGGCGCUUGCGAAAUGCAGGAGGGAGAUCGGCGCUGCUACCCAGCGAACGCAGUGGCCCAGUCAGCACACCUCCAGGCGCAACGGGCAAGAAGUCGAAUCCUGGGUGGAAGCUGGACAAGUGGAAGUUCUUGCCCAUGAUGAACCGCACGCUGUACGAGCACCCGGACAAGAAGUGGUAUAUUUUCGUCGAGACCGACACCUACAUCAUGUGGCAGACCGCGCUCAACUACCUCGCCGCUCUGGACCACAAACAGCCCAUCUACAUGGGAGGACAGGUGUGGAUAGGAGAGAUACUCUUCGCACACGGCGGAACUGGCUUUGCCGUUUCUGCGCCGGCGCUGAGGCAAGUGGUGGAACGCUUUCAGAAUCAUCAGAAGGAGUACGAGGCCUUCACUCACUGGCAUUGGGCGGGGGAUUGCGUGCUGGGUAAGGCGAUGAAGGAAGCCGGCGCCCCGCUCAUGGGCGUCUGGCCGAUCUGGCAGGCGGAUGGAAUCGGCGAUAUGCAUUACAGGCGAGACGAAGGCGGCUUGAGACUGUGGUGCAUGCCGAGCGUGAGCUACCACCACCUCACCCCAGUCCAGGUGGAGAGCAUGUGGACCUGGGAGCAAGAGUGGAUGGCCAAGACAAAGGAUCCUCGCGCCAUCGUCCAUCACCGCGACGUCUACAACCAAUACGUCCUCCCCCGCAUCACCGCCCCCAAACAAAACUGGAACAACCACGCAGACGAAGAUCAAGGCCCCGUCAACUCCCUCGACGAAUGCCGCGCCAUCUGCACCGCCCUCCCCGCCUGCGUGCAGUACGCCCUCAGUCUGGAUCUGCGGUGUAUGACGACCGCCCGCGCCAAUCUCGGCGAAUGGUCGCGCGGCAUUGAUUCCGGGUGGAUUCACGAUCGGAUGGUGGAUUUUCACGAUAAUGCUACGCUGUGCAAGAAGGAGCGGAACUGGAUUACGCGCGGAGUGGCGAAGCAGCAGUUUGUGCAUGAGAUUGCGCCGCAGGUGCUUCACUGAGGGAGCGGAAAGGCGCUCGCUACACCAGAGCAAGCACGAGCAAGCCGGACAAGGAUGCUAUACCACACCGCGCGCUAGCCCCAGUACUCCCGACACCGCCUACAUCGCUGCCGCCGGCAAAUCUGACACUCAAAUACAAAUGCCGGCAUCACCUGCCCGCACAGAUCGCACGUGUUCGGUCCACUGCGAUGCUCCCAGUCGU